AUGUCUUCACUAAUAACUGCCGCAUUUAAAGCCACUAUAGGCCUGCUGGUGAAUAAAGGAAGAGACAAACUGGCAGAAAAGUUGAAUAAGGGUGAUGUUACAGAUCAGAAAUUCCGUGGCCUGAUCGUCCGUGAAAUCGAUGAAAUAAAGCCGAAGUUGGAUGGUUUAGCAAGAAAGGAUUUGAAGACAAGUAUCAGCCAUUUUAAGGAAGAAAUCGAGUUGUUAUAUGAAGUGUUUGAAAGUGCCAGAUCCAGUAGCGGGCAUCGCACGAUAGCAGCGGCUACAACAGCUUGUGUUGAAGCAUUUCCUCUCUAUAGAGAAAUGAGAAAAUUGGAGCUCAUGUCCAUGGAUGAAACGGCUACAAGGUUGCUUAGCGCAGCAAAAGAGAGAUUUAAGGAGGCUCGUCGAGAAGCAACAAAAGCUUUUAAUAAUGAAGCUUUUCAAUUGUCUGAUCGCCUGCUGGCUAUGCAAUAUCGACUGAUGGCAACAAUACUGCAGACGGUUGACAAUCCUAAGGACUCUUUACCGGCUUGCAAAGUAUGUAUUGAAGACCUACACGAUGUGUCGGGUGUAAGUAGAGCUUAG